AAGUGGGAGGCGCGUAAGAUGGGCGGGUCUUUCUGUGGCUGUUGCUGUGUGAAUACCGAACGCAUACUUUGUGGAUAUGGUGGCCAGUGUGUCAGUUACUGUGCAAUGAGGGGGGUGUGCCUCGAGACACCGACAUCACCAGCUGUGCCCAAAACAGCAAGUGAAUCUGUUGGCAUAUAGAUCAACCCUGCAGUGUGGAGGGGAGCAGAGUUCCUAUGGAGCGGCCCGCACCCCAGCAAAUCCAGGAGGAGCUGCAUUCUACGUGCUAUCUCUUUGACCCGGGAGAGCGUCCCGUUCAUCCCAUGGGGGCAGAAAGUAUAAGUAACGUCCGGCACUCAGAAAGCCUUUCGGAAGGACAGUACAUUCCGGGUCUUUAUGAGCACAGGCCGGUAAUGGUGCCACAGGAUACAAGCGCGCACUUACUCGAAGUGCAAAUGCACCUGGCGCAACGGGACGAUGUGCAAGAGCUACGAGCGCGUAUAUGUGAACUGCAUCUGGCGCGGGAUGGUGAGCGUGGAGCGUACCAAUGUGAAAAUAUGUGCGGACACCAGGAAUACAUUGACACUGAUGUACUUGGGAGCGAUUGUACACCCGCGGAAGGUUCCGUGCUCCGGAGGGCGCUGUCAUUGCCCGUGCAGCAGUGCCACAGGCGGGGGGUGGCGGGAGCGCAGGGGGACGACACGCACUUGUGCUGCUGCAAACUGAAAAAAAAGGUCCAGUUCGCCGAUUCACUGGGACUGUGUCUUGCCAGUGUCAAACACUUCCUCCCGUCUGAGGAGCCCUUGGUGCCUCCUUCUGUGCUGGCCCGGCUGCAGAGUUACCCCCCUACUGUAUCCCUUCAAAGAGCCCAGUUCAGCCUGAACACAGAGAACGAGCCUGACAAGCCAGUGGCACAGGAGCUACGUGCUAAAGUGGAGGUGCGGGGGGUAUGCCUUGAGCAGGCUUCUGACACACAAUGGGGGGUUCGCGGGGUUGUUCUGGUGAGGGAGUCUGAGGAGUUUGUGCAGGUUAAAGUCAGGUAUACCUUCAACGACUGGCUCUCACACUUAGACUGUCCUGCUUCUGCCCUCCCUGCCCCUGGGCCGCAGCGCUUCCUAUUCACUCUGUGCUAUCCUCCAGCUACAGCCCGGGUCCAGUUUGCCAUUUGCUGCAACUUUGGUAAUGGCCAGGAGUUAUGGGACAACAAUCAGGGUCUCAACUAUAGUGUGUGCUGCCAUCAGGAACCACUGCCUGAUUUGCAGGCCUCCCACAUGGAGCAAGAGGAGAGUUGCACUGACCUGCAUUGGUAGAGAAAUCUUUUGGGAUAAAACACCUGCUUGUACUACAAUUGCUAACUCUUGCCACAUAUUGACCUUUUUGCACAGGAAAUCCAUUGUAUAUAUGUGGAAAUACGCUUGCCCUUGAUUUCACAGGGGUGCAACGCUUUUUCUUGCAUAGAGGCACAGAAAUUUCUCUGAAUUAUGUCACAAUGCUGAGGGGGUGACAAAAUGCCUUUAUCACUAGCAUUACUCCUGGUCUGCAACUGCAAACGUUUUUAGAAAAAUGCCAUGAAAACCAUGCUACUGACAUAUGCUUCAUGUUCAUAAGGUUCUGCACACUAUUUUGCCUUUUGUACAGGGGUAUGAAUGUAAUAUUUAGCAAUGAAUUCUGUUCAGAUGUAGUUUAAACAAUUUGGUGGUAAGAUGUUUAAGCAAAACCCUACAUAUGAUGAAAUAAUCCUAUUGAAAUUAAAGAUGGGCCUGUAAUGAACCAGAUGCAUACAAAUAUCAUUUAUACACGCA